CUGGGUUGUAAGGGAUGUAAAGGAUGCAGGGAUGUAAGGGAUGUAAAGGAUGCAGGGAUGUAAGGGAUUUACCUUUAAUCGAGUCAGUAGCUGUAAACAUUUUUUUUUUUUAACGUGGGGAAAUCCUGCAUAAGACCCCCCACCGGCCUCUGUGGGCAGGCGGCGGGGGAGUGUCAGAUUCCUACUGACUAAAACCCCACGGCGACUGACACUGGCGUUAAAGGAGGACUCCGGGACCUUAUGUAUGUUACUCCGGAGCCUUCCACGCCUGGCACUCUAGUGCCUAACAUAUGGCCGACACCGCGGGUCGCACCCGGUGCCGGCUUUUACUUGUAAAUUGCUCGUAGUAUCAUACUUAGUGGCGGGACGCCUUCCCUUCCUCUGGCUUAGAUCGCCAUUUUCCCUAAAGGGAUGUUGAGUAUGCUCGAGGGUGUACAGAAAACAGCCUCCCAUCUCUUUGACAUCCGAACACAGACCAAGACAGACUGACGUGUUUCUGCGCAAAGCUACUAAUUUAUAAAUGCCGCCGCCAGAUGAUACUAGUGGUGCUAUUUUCGAAGCGCGCAAUGAAAAUAAAAUAACAAAAGGAUACGACGAACCUUAAUUAACCGAAGCUUUGUUCACAAACAUUAGACAAUACCACGAUUUAGUUUUUAAGUAUCAAACAGUACAUAUUAUAAACGCAUCUGAAUGAAUUUUAUGAAACUUUUACAAAUAUAUAUAAAAUUUCCUAAAAUGAUUGUUUUAUUGUUUUAUAUAUACAUAAGUUGUAUAUCAUUAUCACAGACUGCUGAAAAUAUAGUAUUAGUUGUUACUGAUGAUUUGGAUAUAUUUCUUGAUGGAAUGACACCAAUGACAAAUACAUUGAAUUUAAUUGGAAAACAAGGAGCAACAUUUACAAAUUGUUUUGUUGCUACACCUGUUUGCUGCCCAAAUAGAGCUUCUAUUUUAACUGGCAAAUAUCAACAUAAUCAUUUGGUACUAAACAAUUCUAUUUCUGGCGGUUGCAAUAGCAUUCAAUGGCAAAAACUGCAAGAACCAAAUACCUUUGGAGCACACUUAAAAAGGGAGAUGUUGUACACAACUUUUUAUGCAGGGAAAUAUUUAAAUCAAUAUGGGCACCAUGCAGUGGGUGGAACUGCUCACGUGCCAGAAGGAUGGGACUGGUGGGCUGGUCUUGUUGGUAAUUCAAGAUAUUAUAAUUAUUCUUUAUCCAUAAAUGGAACUGAGAAGAAGUUUGGCGAUAAACCAAAUGAAUAUCUGACAGAUGUAAUUAAUGAUUUGGCAAUGGAAUUUCUUAAAACUCGUAAUGUAGAUAAUCAACCAUUUCUAAUGGUUCUAACACCACCUGCACCUCAUGCACCUUUUACCCCAGCAGUGAGACAUAUUGAUAAAUAUAAGGAUGUAAAAGCCAAAAGAACACCUAAUUUUAAUACACUAACACAAACAGAGAAACACUGGUUAGUACAACAAGGACCGUCUCCACUUCCUGAUAAAUUACUGCCCAAGUUGGAUGACAUAUACAGAAGAAGAUGGGAAACAUUAUUAGCUGUAGAUGAGCUUAUAACAAAUAUAUAUCAAACUCUAAAAUCACAAAAUCUUUUAAAUAACACUUACAUGAUAUUUACAUCUGACAAUGGAUACCAUAUUGGUCAGUUCAGUAUGCCUAUAGAUAAACGUCAACCGUAUGAAACUGAUAUUAGGGUUCCAUUGUUAAUUCAAGGCCCUGGAAUUACACCAUCAAAAAUUUCUGCACCUGUUAGUACCGUUGAUUUGUUUGCUACAAUUCUAGAAAUAGCUGGUAUUCAACUACCAUCCGAUGGAGCCUCUUUGUUAAAAAAAACAUUGCCAGAAGACAGAACACUUCUAGUAGAAUACAGGGGAGAAAGAUCUGACGACCCUCCCUCAGGUUGUCCAAGUGAUAGUGAUCCAAAUGUUGCAUUAUGCAACAAGGACCUGGCAUGUAAAUGCCAAGAUACUGUAAAUAAUACUUUCACUUGUAUACGACGUAUGUCUCCGCAGUACAAUAACAUUUUCUGCGUCUUCGAUGACGAUAAGCAUUUUAUCGAAGCAUAUAACAUAACAACGGAUAAUUUUCAAAUGAAAAACAUUGGAUACAGCAUGAAACGUCAUCAUAGAUAUAAAUUCAGAAAGUGCCUGAAAAAAAUGAGCACUUGCAAAGGGGAAGAAUGUGUUCUUACAAAUAUGGAAGACAUGUAUAUGUGAUACCCAUUUUUCGAAGAAAGAACAAUAUCCUCGGCACUAUAUACGCUGUAUCCUUUUAUAAUACUGAACUAAAUACUCUUUUUAAAGCAUGUAUCGUAAAAUAAAAAUAUACAUUUAUUACUUGAAA